AUGAAGGCUCACCAUACUCCCUUAAGGCCAAUGCCUACCAUCACAUCACCCUCACCCUCACCCGUCGAGUAUAUGCGACAAGCGCUGGAACUGGCCCAGAAGUCUACACCCAAACCCACCAACUAUCGAGUGGGCGCGCUGGUCGUCGAUGCCACCAUCAAUACGGUCCUGGCCACGGGCUACACACUCGAAUGCGAAGGGAAUACGCAUGCCGAGCAGUCCUGCUUCAUCAAGCUGGCGAGAGAACACAACGUGUCCGAGGAGGAGGUGGGUGCGGUGUUGCCAGAGAAGGCGGUGCUGUACACGACCAUGGAGCCAUGCUCGCAGCGAUCCGUGGGAAAUGUUCCCUGCGUGGAGCGGAUCCUGGGUUUGGGAAAGGGAAGAGAAGAUGGAAAGGGCAUCAAGACAGUGUAUGUUGGCGUGCUGGAACCAGAUACAUUUGUGCGAGAGAACACGGGGCGUGGGAGACUGGAAGCAGCCGGUAUCCAAGUGGUACUGGUCGAGGGUGAGGGCUUGGUACAGGAUAUUUUGAGCGUCGCAACCGCUGGGCAUGUGAGGACGGACAAUGAUUCUGCCACGGCUACGGGUACGGCCUGA